AAUAUUAUAACAUAUAUUUAUAACAUAAUUAUAUAAUUAAUAUUAGAUACUCAGGGAGGGGAGAUCUAAUAUAUUUUAGAAGUGUAUAAUGUAUGAACUUAUAUCUGGCCUAGUUACUUUGGAUUCCCUUUAGAAUUAAUGCAGAAAGAUAAGCAGCCACUCGAUAUUGUGCAUCUGACUAGUUCUAGAGGGUUAUCUUCAGACAUGAGUCAUCUCACCCUAGAAGUGCUCUGUGUGUGUCUCUCUCCACUGAUUAUAAAGGGAAACUGAAGGAUUAGAUCAGAUGAAAAAGAUUAAAGGUGACAGUAGCUGAGAUGAGUCUCACCCUUACUGUCAGAUUUUUCUUUGGGAACAUGGCCUACCAGAUCUGGGAUCUAUAUUGUCCUAGGGUCCUGUAGUGCUCUGGAAUCUUUGGAUAUGACUGAUCUAUGUAUACCUCAGCACAGGACUUCUGCUUAAUCUGACGGGCAGAUUUGCAGCAUCAGAGGUUCUGUAUUAUGUGUGAACCACUCUGAUAACACUCAACAAAGGGUUGAAUGCAUGCAUAUCACAACAAAGGUUUGAAUGCAUGCAUAUCACAUCUGAAACCAUGACACUCUGCGAAUAGCUAUAUUUCUGCCUUUAUUUCCCUUUCAGGGGAAAUUUGUAAAUGAGGAACCUGUGUAUAAGCUGAGGACAAACAGCCUUUUUUAUUGGAAUGGCUAUUUACAUCUGCAGCCAUACUACGGCAGCACCAAAAGUUACCUCAAAGUCACGGUACUGCUUCGGGUGCUUGCAUGUGCCUGGGAGCAGGAAGUCUGGGUGGAUUGCGGUACUGACCCUGUGGACCUGGGAAGGGAUGAAGAAAUCCUCUUCUCCUUUUCUGUGAGCACCCUGUGGGCAUAGUGGGUGGAGUAUGUGUGUAUGUUGGAGUGAGGCAGUGGGGGCUGAAGUCCAGCCAUUGUGGGCAGUGGUAAAACUGGUCUUGAUUGUAGCUUUCAUGGUCUGUGCUUAACCCAGACAGCCCUGAAGAUAAUCAUUAGGUAUAGUCAACUCUUCUCUGGUUUUGCAGCAUCCCUCUACCCCUCUCCCACUUUUGAUUCUGCUUUUCUCCUAGCCAUAGUAACUUGAUGUGACCUUUGAACUAAUUUUGUAAAUAUCCACAGGUGUUUUUCCCUGAUGCUUCAGUUCCUGUUGCCUGAUUUCACUGAAUCUUGUCCAGCACUAGUAGAUUGUGAAGGGAUGUGGAAGAGUUUGAGAAGGGAGGUUUCAACUGAACACCUCCUGUGCUACUUUUCCAGGUGGUGGGGAAUGGCAGGCUUAUUGUGGAUGGUCAAAAACACAUGGAUAUCAAGAAGGACAUUGGUCUGAAGGGCUCUUUCUCCAGCCAUCUCACCUUCUCCUCCCACUCUACUCCCAACCACUCACUAAUGGUUUACACCAUGUUCCUUGACAGAGGAGGUCACCCUGGGCUUCUCCCAACAGCAAGAUCUGCCAGAGGCAGCAGUGACUUUCCAGAUGGAGGCAGCUCUCCACUCACUCUGUGCUGUGUGUGCUGUGGACCAGACCGUGCUGCUCCCAAGGCCAGAAAUGAGCUGUUCAACAGGAGUGUGAGUGGCUGGGUGUGAGUGGUGGUGAGACAGCAGGACAGGGAGAAAAGACAGAAAAACUGCAUGGAGCUGUAGAAGGAGCUGAGCUGACUAAUGAACAGGUGCAUGGUAUGUUCUUCUCCCAAAAUAGGGGUUAUCCCUAUGAAGUCAAUGAGAACAUUGACUGUUCUGUACCAGGAAUGAGGUCAUUUCCAAUACGUGUCAUCGAUCCUCUGCCCCUAGAAUGCAGAAGAUAUCCUAUCAUGUGAUUUAAUCAACCAGCUGACUUCUUUAGUUUCCUCAAGCCCAGGUGCAAUACAGAACAUGGGACUGAAAAUUCUGUCAAAUGGCAAGAUAAAGAAGCCAGUGGAUUGCAUAUUUAAUGGGGCCCAGGAGAGAAGCAAGUUCAAUGGUGCCAUCCCUGAUCCCAUAACAGAAUGGAAAGCCAACAUGUUCUGUGUCUCAGACAGUGAUGCCUUUGGGAUGUUCCCCACAGUAGGGCUGAUUGCCUUCAAAACUUUGUGGAUCUGACCUUAUCGUGUUCUGUGAUCCAGGAGGAGUCAUUUAUACUGAAAGCCACAUCUUUAACUAUUUGAAACAGUGCAUUUGGAUCCAGGUUAUGCUGGCCAAGUCUGAGAAGUCCUGGCUGGAGUCACAUAUGAACUCUGACUACACUUUCUGCUUGUGUGCUGAGGAGACCAAGACUUUUUAUUAGGAUGUUGCAGCCAUCAAACUGGAUGAGAAGAGCAGAGGAGACAGACAACAGGAAGUCACCUGGGAAUUGCUGUGCUCCUCAGGCCAUAGCUCAAGCUAAUCCACUAUCCUGCUUUGCUUUUACACCGAGGAAAUUCCGUCUGGAACAUGGUCUCUCUGCAGCUUCCUGAGAAUGUGGUUCAAGGUGCAACAAGGGCCCAAGCGUCUGUGCUGGCCACCAAACCAAGAUGUGACUGACAUGACUGCAAUUUCCACAUAUGUGAGAAUGCCAAAGGGGAUGAAUGACAUGCACAGAAGCUGAUGAAGCCAAUUGGAGGCUUGCAGAAGACAGUAACAAGGAGAACUUAUGUGGUUGAGUAAAUGUUGAGAGGAUUUGUGGUGGAAGGCCGGCAGAAUUACAGGGCUACCAGAGGGAGCUUCAGUUCAAACACAAGAAUGGAUCUUUCAGUGCAUUUGGAGCAGGUCACAGGAAAGGCAACACCUGACUAACAGCCUUUGUGACCAAAUGUUUCCUGCAAGCCAAGCAGCACGUAUUUGUAGAAAACAAGGCCAUCCAAAUGGCUGUGAAGUGGAUGGCUGGGAACCAGCAAGACAAUGGUUGCCAUGCAAAUGUUGGGCAGUUCUUCCACACAGCAGUGAAGGGUGGCAUGGAUGGUGAUAUCUCCCUCAUAUACCACUGUAGGUCUGCUGGAGGCAAGGAAGCCACUUGAGGACCUCAUGGUGAAGAAAGGCUUGGAAUGCCUCAGAAAUGCUUCAUCCACUGACGUCUACACACAGGCUCUGCUAGCAGAUGUGUACUCGCUGGCAGUAGACAUUGCAGCAAGGCACUCUUUACUUGCCAAACUAGACUGGAAAGCCAUCAAAUCAGUGAUGUGGGGAGCUGUGGUACCUCCAACAUGGCCAUCAUGAAAGAUGCUGUCUGGAUUCCGUCCAAGACAAGGCAUGAAGUACUCUGUAAGUCACUACCUCUUUGGCCCUGUCCUGGAAGUCAGACCCAUAUCACUGUGGGGAAGGGGAACUUAAGCCAGGCAGUCUAGACAGUAGUGCCAGUAUUGGUUUUCCCCUGAGGACAGUGUCCAUUGCGCUGCUUCCUGUCCUCAAAGAGUUCUUCCCCUUCCCCUGGCCUGUUAGACUGCUUUAGCUCACUGCUGUGAAUCUGAGUGCACUACUGCAGUACUGCGGUGAGGUUUGGACUUUGGGUAAGCAAUGCACACUUUCUCUUGCAGUCCCACUGAACAGGUCCACCAUCAGGCUAGACUCUAACUCCUAUUCCCCUUUGCCAGCUCAAGUGGCAGCCUUUUGUGAAGAAAGCGGAGGUUGGGAAUGAAGAUUUCACAAUGUACCUGGAGCAGGUUAGUCCUGAGAACAGGUGAAUCUUUGAUUUGCACAUCAGCUCACUUUCUGCAUACAUCAUGUAUGGAAGACCAGAUUGCACAAGACAUGAUUUGGAGUCAGAGCAGGCAGUUCAAAUGGGGGUUCAGACCAGAGGCUGCGACUUUAUCUGAAUCAAGACUUCCACCUUCUUUUGCAUCUCAGAAACCUGCUCAGCCUGUAUUCUCUCAGCUUACUCUGGCUGCCUAGCUUAUUGCAGUCCAAGGACUGGCAGUUGCAGGCUGUAUGAUCUUUCUUCUCGCUCUUCUUCUGACUUCAAAGCCCAGCAAGGUUCAGUUGCUCAAUCCAUGUAUGCUAAUCUGCAGCCAUUCUUAUAUGGCCUGAAAGUGCCUCCCACACCUGCUACUGCGGUUUCUUAAAUGUGGAGAAUUUAACUCUUGUAACCAUCUUCUCGCAUCCAGGAGCUGAUCUCAACACUUGUUGAUCUCAACACUUUUCCCAGAAAGUCACCACUCCCAUUGCACGGUCACACACUGGUUCUGGUCCUCACUUUUGAAGCACACUUUGGAGACAGUGUCCCACUGGAGUCAUGCUGUGAGCUGCUCACUGCUGUCACUUAGACCUUCACAAUUUUUUUUCUUCUGCCCAUUCCCCAUUUCUCCUGCAAAGAUAGCCCCAGCGUGCCUGGGGCCAUCCAUAGAAAUGUGCUCUAAGUUUUUGGAUUUCCCUUGCAAGAAGCAGUAUCUUCCUCAGUCAUGAGAGGCCAGUUAUCUGGCAGAACAAACAAAUGACAGCUAUCACUUGUGGCACAUGGCUGAUGACAUCCAGAUGCGGUCUGCUGCAACUGCUCUGCCACAUCCUGAGAGUUCCUGGGGGUGAGAUGAGACUGAGGAAAGGAUGGAGCUUGUAGGCCUGCCUCUUACAUUAGAGCUGAAAGCAACUGAAGGAGAACACCCAUGUUGGUGGUACAGAGGUCUGUGGAGUAAAGAAAUCUCUGACUACUCCUUCCCUUCUAGAGUCCUGGCUGAGGAUUCUACCCUAAUUUUAGAGAUGUCUUAUAGCAUAGACUGCCUCUCCUCUACCUUAGUCUGAACUGUGUUCUUCAGCAUGCUGGUGUACAGGCAUGUGAAGGCCUGCCCUCUUUUACUGAAAGAAUGAAUCACUGACAGAGGCAGACAUGCCUGGGCAGCACAUAACUCCUCCCUUCCUUUCCUUCACAGCAGGGUUAGUGUCCCUGGCACUAACAGACCAGCAGCAACUUGAUCCUGUGUCCUUCCUAUCACAACAGAGCUUACAAGGAAUAACUUGGCUGAGAAAGAGUGCUUCACCUAUCUUUUCAAAACACGUUGCAGUCUUGCCUUUCAAAUUGUUACUUGCUGUGUUCAGUUGUAGAUUAUUAUUUCCCAGGGACGCUACAGCUGGAGCAUAACACAGAAGGCUACUUCUGACCUGGAUAUCAGGCCCCUGAUCUUGGGCCUUCAGAAUGUAAAAGCUGAUCUAGCCUGUUUCUGGUUGAUUUAUGACAGAGUCCUCCUCCAGCUAAAAAAGUCCAAGUACAUACACAGAGGAUGAGCGUUUUCUCAAGUCUUUGGAAUAUCUUUGCAGAGGACCAGGAAGCACCCUAUUCCUGCUGCCUUAAUCUGCACAGUUAUGUUAAUCUCUUCUGCAAGGCAUCAUUGAAAGAACAAGAGCAAAAAAACCUGUGUGACAAUUCUUUGGACAAAGCAAAAGCUAGAACCACAGGAAUGGUGAAGAGUCUACCAGCCAUCUCUCUGUAGAAGCUGUAGAAAUAUAUACCAGAGUAACUGCUUCCUAAGAAAUGCCCAUAAAUAGAUGCUUCUAAAAGCUGAGGUUUGAGUCAUGCUGCUUUCUCAACAGUCAAAUCUGUCCACACUUGCAGAACAAACUGAAGCCGAAACUAAGGUGCUCCUGGGAUUGUAACAGUAGAGAGGGCAUGCUGAGACUGCCUCAACAAGUGAUAGAUCUGCAAAACUGUAGAACCCAGGACUGAAGUAACACACAGUGCUGGAAGGCACAAAUAAAUGAAUAUUAAGGCCUCUUAAGGCCUUGUUCCGUAUCUCUGACUCUUGCUCUUCCUCCUCCCCAGCUGAACAAGCAGACUCAGAUAGAUGACUUCACCAUAAUCCAAAAUGUUCCGGUCAAGAACCUGAAGUCAGCAGGGGUCAGAGUCUAUGAUUAGUACCAGCCAGUUGAGUCAUGGUUCGAUAUGUGUUAGGCUACAGCUGUUUGAAAAUCCCAGAUUUCAGUAGUUUCUUUUCUGGGGACUGUAUACCCUUACGAAUUUUGCCUCUUGGGUUGGGGAACAUAGAGAAUUCAUCAGCCUGCCUCUGGAAGGCCCCAUGUUUCAAAGGCCAAAUUCAUGCGGAUCAAAGAAAAAUUGUCUCAGCAGUAAAAAAAAAAAAAAAAAAAAAAAAUCUUUUCUGUGUCAUAAACCAGGGGAAAGUAUAGUGAAUCUGAACAUGGCUGUCUUUAACCUGGAAGAUGAGAUGUACUGCCUAGGUUGGGUAUCUCUCCCAGCUGAUGUUUAGUGCUGGAUGUCAUGGUCUCUUUUUUGUAUUAUAGGUGAGCAGUUGAUGGUGGAAUACCCUAAUUCCUGCCUGUGAGGUGAGCAGAACAUACAGCUUUCCUGAGAGGAGUAUAUGCUUUUGUGGUUUCUUAUUUUAGCUGUAUUUCCUUCAGUGGCACUGGUCAGUGCCAAGGAUGGUGCUGAGAUCACAAUGCAGAAAGGGAUGAAGUAAAUAGGUAAGCUGGGGGCAGCGUAGGCCUCCAGCCUGAUGUGAAGGGCUCCUGUGCUGUGGGAGAUGUGGCAUUUGGGCUAAAAUGGAAGGAGGGGAAACUCAGCAGUCUGCGUUACUGAAUAACACUGUGAAUCUUGCUCCUGAAAUGUGAUUUCCCUUCUCAGUUUGGUGUGCUGUUUCCCUCAAAGAAAUGACAGCUCUUUCUAGGGGUGACCUCAGCAUCCUCUGAUGCAUAGCCUCCAUCAGAAUGAAAGUAGAAGACACAAAUAUAUGAACUCAUUUUUUUCCUCUUUCAGGAGAUGAAAUGAGAGGAAACAGCUUGUCCCUGGUGUAAUUCACAAAGAAUUCCCAGUUUUUCCAUUGUAUGGACUUCUUAGGUCAAAGGGAAAGAGAGUUAUCAUAUCUGGACUGCUCCUAUGUGUCUCUGGAUCAUAGGACUAAUACUUUCUUGCCUGACAGUUAAGAGGAAGGGGAAGGAUUAAAGAAACCCUCUUUGACCCUUGUAUAGAAAAGAGAGAGCCUGUGAGCUGUUGGUGGGAACUUUGGUAAUUUUGGAUCAGGGUGAGCGCUUUAGAUGUUACCCUUUUGAGAGUUGCGGGCAUUAUGAAGAGAAGAAUCAGGAGCACAUACCCAGUGGGGGAACCUCCUCCUCAGACUUUUAGUUCAUAUCCAGUCUGCUUGCUGAGGCUGACUUGGGGAAUGCCCUUGAGAAUUAUGCUGAGGGGGUGGGAAGGAGUAGAUGCAGGGGUAGAAUUCAGCAAGGGGUGUGUUGAUCAAGAGGCAUUCUGCAUUGUGUCUAACAUUCAAUAUCUGUUUUACAGUGAGGCUUGGUGACGUGCCUUUUAUUUUUAAACUUCUGGACCUUUGUUCAGUAAUCAUAGGCAUAUUCCUAUUGCUUGCUGCGUGGUUACUCCCCAGUCCGUAUGCUCAGUCUUAGAUGGAAAUGGCAUAGUAACAAGAAUUUUAGGAAAUAUCUUGACUUUGGGUGCCCAUGUCUGGCAGUAUCCAAAGUAUUCCACAAAUAUCAGUUCUACCAAGCUACUGCAAUGUCUCAGAUUAGUUUACUAGAACUGUUUCCCUACACAAUGACCUUUGAUUUGUGCUGCCACCAAGAAGGAGCUCCUUGGGUAUAAAUGGUCUAAUAUGCCACUUAAUUGAGAAAGUAGGUGGCUUUCACAAAACAAAGGAUCUCACAAAACACCUGACAAAUAUAUUACAGGUUGUGACUAUGAGGUGAGCAAGAGGGUCGGAUACCGUCAUAGAAAGACACUCAAGGUUCAUAAUGGGUUAAACAGGAUAGACUUAAUAAAGGACUUAGUUACACUCCAAGCUGUGUGGGGAGCCCUGGGAGCUGUGCAGAGGGGUUGCUGAUGGAAAGCUGCUGGGCUUACGAGUCAGAUGCACGGGUCGCACAUCCAGGUGGGACUUGACUCGUAUCCUAAGGGCCCCUUAAAUCUACUAGAACUAUUUCCUUAUCUCAGCUGUGCUAACCUUGAGUAGCUACUGUCCGGGAAGCAGCUAGACAUUGUUGACAAAACAGAAUAUGCAUGCCUGGUCCUGAUAGGAAUUUGGUCAGUGUGUAGUUUCAUGUGCUGGGCCUGCUAUCAUGUACUCUGCCAGUCAGUGACUCCUUACCAGAUCUUCUGCAGGUGUUCUCAGUACACAGGUAGUUGAAGCUCUCCAUCAUAAUUAUUCUAGCAGAACUGGCUUUAUGUAGGACCCAAAACUUUCCCACUAGGUUCUGGUUUAGGUUUUGAUUCUUUGUUAGCACUAGUGAUGAUUCAUAAGCCAGAGUAUUCAGAUUUGGAGGUCUUCUGUGGUUUCUAAAUCUUGUGGUUUUGGUUGAUCCAGCUUACCAACUUGGAUACAGUUCUCAGCUUCCAUAAGUGUCAGUCGUUUGACACCUAGAUUUGAAUUUACAAGUCAGGAGGUUGUGAUUCAAAGAAGUCACCAUGCCUGGAGUGCUGGUGAGACUUUCUUAUAUUGGUAGGAUGAGAGGGAGAGAUGAAGCAAGAACCAGAACUUUGGUACUGAACCAAGAAGGUUCUGGAGGUAAGGGGCUCUUUCUCUGGGGGUGUGUGGGUCUCUGGAUUCUUUGGCUAGAACAGAGCUGCGCUUGUUAUUUGUGUUCUUUUGUGAAAGGUAUGUUCCAUAGCAAAGCUGCAGCCUUCAGGGUUCACACCUGUUCUUUUUGAGAGAGAUUCAUGGCUUGACCAUGGUUUGGGAGCCUUCUUGUGAAGGUUUCCAAACUCACUUGGAAUCUUUACACAGGUUUACUAGUUUGGGCAUAGUUUCAUGAUUCUCCAAAGUUCAAUUAGAGUUAAAGAAUUCCAAGCCUGCAAUUAGGCUUACACUAACUUCCUGGCCAAAGUUUUCAGAACAUGGAAUUAAUCCUGAUAAAGGCUUCUGGAUUUGCCUCCAAGAUUUACCUGUUUUUUUGAAUGGUCUCAGCAUAGGAGCCAGGCAUUGACAGAGGCACAGGACAAUUUACACUAUGCUACCUUUGAACUCUCUGACCCAGUCUGUUCCUACUCCUUUAGCUGUGUUUGCUGUGUUUGUUCAGGUGUGUUCUCAAUUUCUUGCUUGGCUUUGGGGCAGUGGACGAAUUCUGCUGUCAAAACAACAGAAAGUGGGGGCAUUGCUCUACCUCAGGAUUUUGGAGAAAUACUUUGAAGACAUUCCAUUAUGUUAUGUAUACUGGGUAGGCUGCAGAAGCAUAAUGGCCUCUGCAGUUAUUACAAAGCCCGGAUGGAUUCUAACAUAGCCUUUCAAGCAGAAAGAGGCCCUAGGCCUGCUAGAAGCAGGUGGUGACUGUCUAGAGGAGAAUGAAGACUGUUUCUGUUUCUUUGAUGACUUUUUCUGCACUCCAAGCUCUCUAUCGGAUGCAGUUCUUUAAAGAAAAUGACAACUUCUUCCUCUUUUCAUAGUCUCCUGUCAAAGCACUCUGCAGACAUCCGUGCUUCCCCAGUACUCUUCUCACAGGAAACAUUAAUAUUAUUGCCUCUAUUUUCUUCAAAGGGAUUAACACAUAGGAGUGGUCUGCCGAGGUGCUAUUGCUCCUGGCUCUGAUUCUUAGCCACAGCAUAUGUCUUCCUGGUCAUAGUACUAAGUCUCCUCUUCUUCCAUUCUAUUUUUGUUUUAAGUCCUCUGUGGAGAACAGGAAUCUAUCUGUUCUUGCUUUGUCAGCAUGUACUAUUUUCUUUGCUCCAGCUGAACAGUGUCUUUUCAUGAGGGAUAGAUCCCUUCCUUCCCAUAGGUCUCUUGGCUGAGGAUUUCUAUUAUAAAGGCAUACUUUUAGUCCAUUUACAGAAGGAAACCACAGAGCUAGAAACCAUGUUCAGCCUUGCUCUAGUUUUUCUAGUUCAGAGACGCUGACCGUUCAGAUCUGUGACACCUGUGCAGCUGUCAGCCACUGCCUUCAGCAGGGAUUCUUCAAAUCUAUGGUGCUGUGACCAAGAGCCAGAUUUGCCUAUGUCAAGCAAGGAAUAGAGAACACACCUGGGCAAACAGGGUAGGAGGAGCAUGGUGGGGCAGGGUCAGAGAGCUCUGUCCAGUGUCAGCCUAGGUAGGUACAGCUCCUGUCACUCACAAGUCUGCCAGUAGCUGGUCCUCUCUGGCUGUGAUUUAUUGAUUUAUGGCAAGGUGUGGCUAGUGCUUUCUGUAGGAAAGUCCCAGAUUUUAGGCAAAGGGGUUGUUUAAAGGAUUCCCUGCAGUUCUCACUAGCAUGAUCAUCUUUCAUGAAGAGACAGGAGUAGGGAGAAUGUGUCCAUCGAAAGAAAAAGUGGCCAAUCUUUUUCACCUAACAGCAUAGCACUGUUUUAGACCAACUCAAAGCUGAUUUCUGAAAUCAGUUCAGGUAAAAAACCCAGAGUCCAGAAUGAACAGUGAAGUAUUCACCUGAGACAAAGCCAGCGCUAGCACCAACUACACCUAUGUAUAGUGCAUGGUGUAUACACAAUAAUGCAUAGUCCUUGUGAUGCUCUAUUGCUCUAGAGUGGUCCAGUGUUAGAAGUAAAAUGGAGAUCAGUCUUUCCAAACCCAGAUGGAAAAGAAAAUGGAGAACUUUGGGAACAGGGAUCCCAGGAAAUUCCUAAGCUUCUUGGAACACGAUUUUGCUGGACAAAGAAAUCCCAACCACCUGCUUGAGAAACACCAUGUUAGGAACUUUAUAUGGAAAGCUUAAGCUACUUCAACACUAUUACAUUAAAUGGUGCUGGGAAAUAUUUCCAGGCACAGAACCUCUCUGUAUUAUUGGGACAGCCCCUGGUACUUUUCAACCCGGGCUAACACUCUCUCACGCAAAUCUCCAGCAUGGUUCAGGAGUUGAUGCAAUUUGUGGACCAUGCAGAACAGACAGUUUACACAUGGCGAUACUGUUUUGGAGGCCAAGAUGGUUUAGCAGCGUGAAUGUUUGUCCUUCUGUAUAGGUUGUCCUCAGUGCUAGGGAACAGUCUUAGUAUUUAAUUUAUGAGUUAUAAAUAGAUCCUCAUGUUCAAAAAACCCUAGAUCAUUCAGACUCAAAAAUGAACAAAAAAGAACUGGAACUAGUUCCUGAAACUGUUGAAGAAAUGAGACACCUCUCCUUGCAGAUAUUGCCAUUGCUAAUGGGCAAUGGGUGUGGCAGAGAGCUGGUGGAGAGGCCUCUUGGCCAGUGAGUGUUUCAUUUUUCUUUGUGUGGGUGCAGGGAAGGAAAAUUCAAAGUGGGACCAUCACUAAGUAAUUAGUAGGUGCUGGCUGGUGGCAGUGUUGAUACUGUGCUACCCUGUGCAUAAGCAAGGAACUGCUCCAUGUUCUCAAGUCUAACAGGAUCUCUAAAUCCCUAGGGAGAUUCAUAAACCCGUAGUCUGACCUUGUGGAGCUGCUGAACCCUGUGUCCUGAACAACAGCACUACCUUCUGUGUGCUGUUGGCUGCACAGCAGCAAUCCAUUUCCAGCUGAAACAAAGGGACAUGAGUGACAGGUGAUCAGGACCUGGCCUGGGUCACUGAGCAGCAAAGUUCUCUCUGUUUUUUUCCAUGAAAAGCCCUUGCGGUCAGAUGUCUCCAUGGGGGCCUUGUAGAAGGGGAUGUUCUGAACUAUUGGUGGAUGGCAGCCAGGCUGUCCUAGAAAGAAACUACCCCCCAAAAAACAGCCUCAGUGAUCUAAGAGGAAGAGGACCAUUGGAGGCUGGGCAGCAAGAGACCCCAAGCAUGUGGAUAGCCAUCCUCCUGAGCUUUCUGCUCCACCUUGCAGCUGCUUUUCACCAACUACAUUACUUAGUGGUGAUCCCUGCAGAUCUCCGCUACCCGUCCACCCAAGUUGCCUGCCUCCAUGUCACCUGUUAUGAAGCAAAGCUUCAAGUGAAUCUGGUCCUGGAGCACUCUGCAGGACGUGAUUUGUUAGUGGGAGAAGCCAUCCAGAAGGAGAAGACCUUCAUGUGCACUAAGUUCUGGGUUGCACCUCCAGUUGAUGGCACAGAGGAAAUCGCCACUGUAAUUCUGACCAUCACAGGCCAAGGGGUCAGUAUUGAGGAGAAGAAAAAGGUCCUGAUCCGCAAGGCAAGCAGUGGCACUUUCAUCCAGACGGACAAGCCCAUCUAUCAACCAGGGCAGACAGUGAAAUUUCGUAUCGUGACUCUGGACGAGGACUUCAUUAUGCUCAAUGACUCGUUUUCCCUGUUUCUUCAGGACCCUAAGAACAACCGGAUAGGACAGUGGCUGGAUGUGAUGCCCCAGGACGGCAUUGCAGAUCUGUCUUUCCAGCUAACUGAUGAGCCUCUGCUGGGGACAUAUGUCAUCAACGUAACCAAAGGGAAAGCAUAUGGCAGCUUCUCCGUUCAGGAGUAUGGGCUGCCAAAAUUUAAAGUGAUCUUUGAUGGGCCAGUUCAGAUUUAUGCACUAGAUGAAACCUUUCCACUCCGGGUUUGUGGCAGAUACACCUAUGGGAAAGGCGUCCAGGGGAUGGUUCGUGUGAGCCUUUGUCAGAAGAUAGCCUCAUUUUUGUACAAUACUUCAAAACCUGAUCUCUGUCAGGAAUUCAACAACCAGACAGACAAGAUGGGUUGCUUCUUCACAAGUGUGACUCUGUCCUCCUUUAGCCAAGACUUCUGGUACUAUCAGGACAGCAUACUUGUAGAGGCCUCCCUGGUGGAGAAUGGCACAGAGAUACAGGUCAAUGCUUCCCACAAAUUACUCCUCUCCAAGAUUGGUGGGAUGGCCUUGUUUGAGGAUGUGAAUUCUUACUACCAUGCUGGAGAGAUGUACAGGGGGAAGAUUAAGGUCAUCGAUUACCAAGGCAAGUCACUGAAGUACAAAAAAGUCCUCCUCAUAGAAAGCUAUGGUGAGCAGCGGUUUCAGCAAGAGUACAUCACCGGGGACUCUGGAACAGCUUCAUUUAGCCUGAACACAACUGCUUGGAACAGUACCUCAGCCUCCCUAGAGGCAAGUGUCCUGCAUGAAGAUUCUGAUAGAAAGCCUGGGACAGUUGAUUUGAAUUACCAGAGAGCCACUCAUUUGAUACGUCCAUUCUACAGCACCAGCAGGAGUUUUCUCACUAUUGUCCAUGUGCCAGAAAUGAUACCCUGUGGUAAAAAGCAGGCUGUCCAGGUGGACUUCAGAAUUUACCAGGAAGACCUGGAACAUGGGCCUAAGCGUGUCAUUUUCUCCUACUUUGUCAUGGGGAAAGGAGGGAUAGUCCAUGCAGGUCAGAAGACUGUUUGGGUUGGGCUGCCAAGAAUGCUGAAAGGCUUCUUCUCCAUCCCUCUUAUCUUCGACUCGAUCUAUGCCCCAGCUCCAACACUUGUGGUUUAUGUCAUCUUCCCUAAUGGAAAAAUUAUUGCUGACUCUGCUGUCUUCAGUGUCUCCAUGUGUUUCAGAAAUAAGGUGGAGCUGGGCUUCUCAAAGGCUGAGACCCUUCCUAAUUCAGAGGUCAGUCUCCACCUGCUGGCAGCUCCGGGAUCCAUGUGUGCUGUCAGGGCUGUGGAUCAGAGUGUUCUUCUACUAAAGCCAGAAAAAGAGCUCAGCAACUCCAUGAUCUAUGGGCUGUUCCCAUCGGUUUAUAACUCCAGGUAUCCUCACCAAGUGUCUGAAGAUGAUCAUUUGUGUGGGUUCUCAGAUUCUGAUCAGCCUGAUGUGUUUACAGCAUUCAGGGAAAUGGGGUUGAAAAUUCUGUCCAACACCAAUAUCAAGAAACCAAGAGUGUGUCUAACUACUCAGUCAACAACUAUGCUGGAGAGAACAAGGAUAUUUAUUUCCAGUCCCAUGUUAAUGUUUGCCCAGCCCUAUAAAGCAUAUAACACUGGGCAUCUGACAACAACUACCUAUCAGCCCACUAAGUAUUUGCCUGUUUCUCAAGCUGAAGAGAAAGUUCACAAGUAUUUCCCAGAAACCUGGAUAUGGGAUUUGUAUUCUGUGGGUCCCAGCGGGAACAAGAACAUCACUGUAACUGUGCCUGACACUGUCACAGAAUGGAAGGCAGGGAUGUUCUGCACAGGGCAUCAUGGCUUUGGACUUGCACCAACCUCCAGCCUGCUUGUUUUCAAGCCCUUUCUUGUGGAGCUCACACUGCCAUCUUCUGUGAUCCAGUGGGAGACCUUCAUGUUGAAGGCCACAGUCUUCAACUACUUGCAGCAGUGCAUGAAGAUCCAAGUGACCUUAGAGGAGUCCACACGCUUCCAGCUGAAGCCAUGCAAAGGCUGUGUCUACAGCAGCUGCUUGUGUGCCAGUGAAGCUAAGACAUUUCAAUGGAGUGUUACAGCUAAGCAACUGGGGCUAAUGAACGUUACCCUGAGCACAGAGGCCAUGGCCACCAAAGAACUCUGUGGCAAAGAGAUACCAUUUGUCCCAGCCCAAGGACAGAAAGACACAAUCAUCAAACUACUUCUAGUCCGGCCAGAGGGAGUGUUGGUAGAGAAGGCUCACAGCUCCAUCCUGUGUCCCCAGAAAGGGAAUCCAGCACAGGAAUCUCUGUCCCUGAUGUUGCCUCUAAAUGUCACUGAAGGUUCAGUUAGAGCCACCAUCUCGGUCACUGGUGACCUUAUGGGGACAGCACUGAAGAACCUGGACCACCUGGUGCAGAUACCCCAUGGCUGUGGGGAGCAGAACAUGGUGCUGUUUGCGCCCAUUGUCUAUGUGCUGCAAUACCUGGAAAAGACGAGGCAGCUGACCCCAGAAAUCAUGGAGAGGGCUACGGGAUUCCUGAGCAAUGGGUACCAGAUACAACUGCAGUAUCAACACCCUGAUGGUUCCUACAGUGAAUUUGGUACGAGGGAUGAGUACGGUAAUACUUGGCUGACUGCAUUUGUGGUCAAGUGCUUUGCCCAAGCCAAACCAUACAUCUUCCUGGACAACAGGGGCAUCCAAGCUGCUCUCACCUGGCUGGAGCUCCAUCAGCUUCCUAACGGUUGCUUCAGAAAUGUGGGCCAACUUUUUCACACAACCAUGAAGGGAGGUGUGGAUGGAGAAGUCCCCUUGGCUGCCUACAUCACUGCUGCAUACUUAGAGACAGGAGAGACACCAAAGAGCAAAGUGGUGCGUAAGGCUCUGGGCUGUAUCACUCCUUCUCUUCGCAAAGCUACCAGCACUUAUACACAGGCCCUGCUGGCCUACACCUUCGCCCUGGCUAAGGACACUCAUCACACGCAAGAACUACUUGCUGUACUUGAUCAAAAGGCAAUCAGAGCAGGUGGGCAGAUCCAUUGGAGUCAGACCCCAUCCAAGGCACCCAGCACUAGCCCUUGGUCACAGCCGCUUUCUGUAGACGUGGAGUUGACAGCCUAUGUCCUCUUGGCUCUGCUCUCCAAGCCAAAUGUCACAGGGGCUGAUCUCAUCACAGCGUCUGCCAUUGUGGCCUGGCUCAACAGGCAGCAGAAUGCAUAUGGAGGGUUUGCCUCAACACAGGACACAGUAGUCGCUCUGCAGGCCUUGGCCAAGUAUGCAGCGCUGACAUACAGCACCAAAGGGGUUGCAGAAGUGAGGGUGAAGUCCCAAAGAGGCUUUGGGCGGAAGUUCCAAAUCUCCCAUCAGAAUCGGCUGUUGGUGCAGGAGGCGGCACUGACAGAAAUCCCAGGAAAGUUCUCUGUGCAAGUCCGUGGCAGCUGUUGCGUCUUCACCCGGAUGGUGCUGAGGUACAACACACUGUCCCCACAGACCUCCACAUCCUUUGCCUUGCAAGUGAAAACCAAGCCAGUCAAUUGCACCAAGGAUGAUAUACGCUCUGUUACUGUCUAUGUCAAUGUCAGCUACACUGGGAGCAGAGCCACUUCCAACAUGGUGAUCGUGGAGGUCUCCCUGCUGUCUGGAUUCAUCCUGGCUCCAGGAUCCAGGACGUCUUUGCAGCACUGGCACCUAGUGAGAAGAACUGAGGAAACUCAAGCAGGUGUUGCCAUCUACGUGGACAAGCUGAGCCAUAAGUCUGAGACAUAUGUCCUGCAUCUGGAACAGGAGAUUGGGGUGACCAACCUGAAGCCAGGGCAUGUCAGGGUCUAUGACUACUACCAUCCAGAGGAGCAGGCCCUGACUGAUUAUAAUGUUUUCUGCAGCUGAGCCAUUUCGUCCUGCCCCAGGGGAGCCCUGUGUAUCUCUGAUUCAGCAUGUUCCCUUCAUCUAGGACGGCAUCAGAAUUCCUUAGGCCUCCAGGGACUUUACUCUCUGCCCUCUGUUUUCUGGACUCUGUAGUGUUGUCUUUGCUGGAUUGCCCUGUAGGCCGGACAUGAAGUGCUUGCCACGUGUCCUUGCUGUGAAAAGUCACGUGCUCUUUCUGGGACUCUCCACAGGGAUAUCUGGGCUGGUAUAGUGCAUGGCUCUGCCUGCCAAUGGAGUGACAGUGCUUAUAGGCAGUUUGCACUGUUCUGGAAGAACUUCCAAGCAGAAUUCAUGGUCCUACUUUCAGCUUAUGCGAUUUGGCUAUGGAGAGUUUCAACUCUUCUUGGGGAGAGGCUGAGACAUAACAAAGACACUUGAUCAAACCAGAGAAACACUUUCCUUGAGAGUCCUUAGUGAGGGCUCCCAAGCUGUCUGCAUCCCAGAGUUAAUCAUUUGGGUUAUAUUAUUUUCUCUCUGGGAUACUCCCUCUCCCUGCCCUCAUUCCUCCAGGCAUCUAGUCUGCUCUCUUACUGUCCAUUGUUUCAGCCCACAGGGAUCCCAGUAGUGGGAGAUGCCCCAGAUCAGCAGGGCUGCUGCAUUGUUGCUUCUGGGAUGAUGGGGCAUAUGUCUCCUGGAAAGUCAUGCCUCAGUGGGCUUGGGAUAUUGGUCCUGGGGCAGAUCUCAGGUUGGAUUUCAGGAUUAAACCCAGCCCAAGCCUUGUUCCUCAUCCUGACAGACAUUUCCUGGUGAAUUUUUUUGGGUGUUUGAUUAAUUCUGAUUGUUUUAAUUCAGGGAUUUUCCUGCUUGUAAAAAGAAUGAAAAUAAAAUAUAAAUCAUGA